UCCGAGUUCGCUCCUUUGCUCGAGAAAACCCUCGCUAACAUGACAAAUAAAACAGACGCAUUGAUCAACGGAUUCCGCAAAUGUGGUUUGUUUCCAUUCAAUCCAAACGCAAUCGAUUACAAAACCCUUCCAACACCGAAAUCAGCACCUUCUACCUUAGUAGAAAACAUUCCGAAAGAGUUGGAGCUUAGCAAUGACCAGCCUAUAAAUCCAUCACCUGAGAGCGCAUCCAAGUUUCUCCAGAUGCUAAACAACAAACUUUCCGAAUCGCAGACAGAAUCUUUCAACAACCAACGCAACCAGUUAGUAUGGUCGGGCGAUAUAGAAGACACUAACUUAUUCACGCUCUGGAGAAACUUGAUGGACGAAGUUGAAGGUCCUCCCGAAUAUCUGAUAAUUGAUUCUUCAGGAUUAGACACUAUUUUGGAGGGAGUUGGAUGGAAUUGCAACGACAAGGAAUUAGAAGACAAUUUGCAACAAGAUUUACCAACUGAUGAUACUGAAGAUUUUGAUAACGCUGUUUUAGUUGUCGAUGAUGCAAACACAACGAACGGCGAACCUACAUCUGACGAACAAGAUACAAAGGUUACCGUGUGCAGCGUAAACGAGCUUAUUGAAAUGCAUACUUAUGAAAUUUACAACCCAGAGGUUGCCGGGGAAAACUCUUGUUCAAAUAGUUCUAUUUUGUACCUUGAAGACGAAGAAACAAUCAGCGGACAAAGUUUUGACGUCAAUCGGAGCACACUGGACUAUGUGAUGGAAAUCGAGAGAUUCUUGCUGAUGAAUCAAUGGAAGAAUAAUCUCAGCUUCAACAAGAUGAAUGCGAAUCAUCCAUUGCAUCAGUAUCUGUAAGCUUACCUAAAAAGCCAGGUAAUACAAAUCGUAAACGGCGGGCAUUCCCAGCUGUUGCCACAAGUGACGAAUGGAUGGAAAUGUACAAAGAAGAAGCAAAUGAGAAAAGCGGCAAGAAGAAUUAAAAAGAAUGAAAAUUGACGAAAGGCAUUCAAAGCAGAUACAAAGAGAACAGGGGAAAUUGAGAAAAGUUGAAGAGAGACAGUUGAAACAAAAAGCUAAAAUGGAAGAGAUGAUGAAGAAACAAAUUUGCGCCAAAAAUAGCGGUGGCACAAAGAACAAGAAUAUACCGAAAUGAUUUUUUAUCUUAAGACUUGUAUGAAUAAAUUAUUUAAUCUAUUUCCCCAAUUUCCUGUACAUUAUAUUUAUUCAACAAAUUUAUGGAAUCUUAAAAAAACUCAACACCACUCAAACUUUGAUGCCUCAAAAUGAAUAGCAGGUAAUCCUUAUCUUUUCAAGUGUUCUCUACAUUAGGAAUCUUCAGACAUUUUGCCUCGCGAAGCACUUUUCAUAAUUAAAACGUUACGCGGAGCUUCUUAAGCACGACUCCGUUCGUAAUCCAUUAAAUCCAACAAAAAUCGAUAAUAGAGUAUUUUGUUAGUACAAUCUUUAUAAAUUAAAAUUGCGUUUAAAAAUGUUAUGCCUAUUGUUUAGCCUUUCGCUAGUUUUUUUACCUGUGUUGUUACAACAUCACUAUUGUUGGAACAUUGAUUUUAAAAUCUGAGCAUGUAUUUUGUAGCAAAAUAUUCCUCAUUUUGUUUAUUUUGUAAAAAACAAUAGGACUAGGUAUAAUUGCGCAAAAGAAAUCUGAAAGACUAAAAACACUCGUGCAUUUAAAAAAAAAUGACUAAUACAGAUACAUCGAUUGAUUAAUUACCCUCAUGACUAUCGUCAAAUAGAUAUUGAUUUAUCCAUUUAUGUUUAGUAGGUUUUACUUUUUUAAUUUAUACAUUUAGCUGUUCUAUCAUAACAUCUUGAAGUGAAGAUAAAUCGAAGAAACCUUUCACAUUUUCAAAAGCACGAACAGCUUUUAACAAUGUUCUUAGCUUUA